AUGGCAGUGGAUGUAGUGGCCCGCCUGUCCAACUUGCCCACUAGCGUCACGGAGGCUCACAUACGCGAGCUCAUUGAACCCUUCGCGAAGGUGCGGCGGGUGACGAUGCCCUCCCCCGUGCUUUGGCUAUCCUGCCCCACAGGCAGGGCGGAGGUCGCUGGCGACACGCUGGAGGACACCAAGCUUGUCUACGUCCAUCUUCACGGCACUGUUAUGGAUGGCAACCGCAUCAACGUGUCUUUUGCUAAGCUUGGUGACGGUGCUGGGCAUGACAGCAGCGGCUACAACAGGGGGGCGGUGGACAGGGCGCCACGGCCGCUGGAACGUAGGGACUCCCGGGUGCGUCGGCCACGCGGGGAGUCUGGCGACGGGUGGCGGCAAAGGGAAAGCGCACUGCCAGAUCAUCGGCGUCACCAUCCCGAGGACGAGCGGCAGACGGGACGGCAGGAUAGGCGCCGCUCCCCGCGGCGUUCUCCGUCGAGCUCCCCCUCGCGUUUAUCUUCGCCCUCGCGGAGACGCAGACGCCACUCACGCUCCUCUUCCUCUUCCUCAUCGUCUUCAUCGGCUCCACGUCGAAGACGCCUCUCCACCACAUCGCAGCGGCGGCGGUGGCGGAAGCGGAGACGCACAUCCUCGAGGCCAAGGCGCCACAGCCGCUCGCGCUCGCCCAGCUGGGGGAACUAA